CUCAUAACAGCAAAAAUAGCGACAGUGUCGAGUGUAGUGCAGCAGUUAAGAAUUUGAGUGUCUUUCACUGCAUUCCAUUCCAUCAGCGUUUAGCAGUCAGUUUACAUUGCAUUUUCAUUGCACUUUGCGUUUUUGUUCAAAAUAAUUCAAUAAAAAUUAAAACAGCUUCCACAAAUCACAAAUAAGCCAUAGGCCAAGCAUGGACGACUACGAAAAUCAAAGUAUUGUAAGCGAUGCGAAUCGCGGCGUUGGCUUGAUGAGUGGUGGCCCCCAUGGUCGCAACGAGAACGCCUCUUCUUUUGGUGUUGUGAAGGUCGGUGGUUGGCGAUACGAGGAUGCCACGCGUUACAUUGGUGAAUGGGAUCAGCGUGGCCAGAAGCAUGGCGUUGGCCAUUUACAGUUUCCCGAUGGCACACGCUACGAUGGACAGUUCCACGAUGGACUGAGUCAUGGAAAGGGCUGUCUUUGGUUCUCGGAUGGUGCCAAAUACGAAGGUGAAUUCAUGCAGGGCUGGUUUCACGGUUACGGUAUAUUUUGGCGCUCCGAUGGCAUGAAGUUUGAAGGUGAAUUUCGUGGUGGAAAGAUCUGGGGGCUUGGCCUGCUAACGUUUCGCGAUUUCACACACGGCUUUCCGCGCAAUGAAGGCUUCUUUCAAGACUGCCGUUUGGUACGUAAACAACGCUGCCCAGACGUGGUGCAGCGCGCGCAGAAAUGUGCCCUAAUGGCGCGUUCGCAGUGUGACCAUCCGUAUUAGCGUUAAGCAUGCAUGCAUAUGUACAAAAACAUACAAACAUACACAUAAACUUUCGACGAUCUGAUCACAAAUAUAAACGUUUUCAUAACAGGCGGUACCGCCACUGUACCGCAGUACGACCCUAUAUAUACAUAUGUACGCAUGCACAUGCACACAUUCAGAUGUAUGAAUGGGGCCAGCAACCGCUCCAGCAGAUCUUUGGCAAAGUGCAUACGUUUUUGAAAUUGUUCAUAUUGUUACAAUAACAAUAAUUUAUUCGCAUUGUGGUUUUCGAAUAAACGUUGAGUAUA